AUACGUACCAAAGUUUCUUCUUCAAUAUCUUUGUUUUGUUUCAAAUCUUUAUUUUCCAAAUGGUGAAACCGUGUCUCCAUGUUGAUUCCAUCUCCUCUUUCUUCUUCUGUCUCUUGGUCUCCAGCUUCUUUGUCAGCAGUCUUGUGUCUCUCCCCUCUCCUCGUCCUGACCAAAUUGAGAUCCUUAUGGCAUUUAAGAACGAGUUUCCAAUCCUCAAAUGCAGCUUAGAGUGGCCUAACUCAGAUCAAAAGACAAAAUAUUGGACCAGCAAAGACGUUAACUCCUUUGAUGGGGUUGAAUUUGAUAACAAGACUGGUGUAGUGACGAAACUAGACCUAGAAGGUGCAUGUCUCAGUGGCAGUCUCAGUGCUAAUAGUAGCCUUUUCAGAUUACACCACCUCAGGUACCUUGAUCUCUCUUUCAACCACUUUGAUUCCUCCUCAUUCCUCCCCGAACUUGCCAAACUCACAAACUUAGAGUACUUGAAUCUUUAUAAUAUGGGCUUAGUCGGUGAAAUUCCAUCCUCAUUCAGUAGCCUAAACCGUUUAACGGACUUGAUCCUUUUACGUAACGAGUUCUUCGGCAGUUUUGCACCUCUACUCAAUCUAUCAAAGCUCUCUCAUUUAGAUCUUUCCGAUAAUCACUUUUCUGGAUACUUUCCUUGUUCUUUACUCACCCUGCCUUUCCUGUCAUAUCUUGGUUUGGGACAAAACCAUCUCAUCGACUCUCUUGAAACCAUAAAUUGCUCUUCAUCACCUAAGCUUCAAUGGUUAGACCUUAGCAAUAACCGUCUCAGUGGUAGAAUCGUUGAGCCUCUCUCAAAAUUAACCAACCUCACGUACCUGUACCUAUCUUUUCAGAACACAACCGACUCAUUCAACUUCGUCUCUUUGGGCUUCAAAUCUUUAGAGAUAUUGGAUCUUUCGGGAAAUGCUAUAUCAAGGCUUAAUAUCGGACCACCAAAUUUGUGGGAACUACACUUGAAUAACUGCAGCCUCAACGAGUUCCCCACAUUUAUUAAAAACCUACAGAAUCUGGAGGUAUUGUACAUGCGAAACAAUAGAAUCAAAGGAGAGGUGCCUAAAUGGUUAUGGAGUCUGCCUUCUUUGAAUGCAUUGUAUAUGUCUGACAAUUCCCUUGACAGCUUUGAAAGCUCGCCAAUAAGGCUUCUUAGUUUGUCGCUUAUCCUAUUAGAUCUGAGUUCCAACGCUUUUCGAGGAUCUCUUCCUGUUUUUCCACCGACGUUGGAAUCCCUGCUUGCAUCAAAUAACAGUUUCACAGGAGACAUACCUCUUUCAUUGUGCAAUCAAAGCUCCCUACGUGUCCUUGAUUUAGGGCACAACAACUUCAGUGGUUCAAUUCCCAAAUGCUUGAGUAAAUCAGUAGAACAUUUGGAUCUCCGAAACAAUAAUCUCAUUGGGAGACUUCCCGAGAUACUCAACAAAAGUGGCUCACUUACAACACUUGACGUUAGCCACAAUCAAAUAACUGGGAAGCUUCCAAGGUCUCUUACCAAUUGCAAAAACCUAGAGGUUCUAAAGAUGGAGGGCAAUAGAAUCGCUGACACCUUUCCCUUUUGGCUGAAGGAUCUACCAAACCUAAAAGUAAUUGUCCUACGAUCAAACAUGUUCCAUGGUCCAAUCUAUUCUCCUCAACAUCCUCUAUCAUUUCCACAACUGCGGAUGGUUGACAUAUCGCGUAACCAAUUCACCGGAAGUCUACCACAUGAUUACUUUGUCAAUUGGAGUACACCCUUGAUCAGUAUUUCCGAAGAGUAAGGAACAGAACCACUGUACAUGUCAUCUAGUUACGGAGACAAUAAUUACCCUUCCAUGUAUUUGAGAAACAAAGGAAUAGAAAUGGAGCUGGAAAAGAUCCUUGUGACCUACGCAGCCAUUGAUUUCUCCGAAAACAAAUUUGGAGGACAGAUUCCAGAAUCUAUAGGCCUCUUGAAGUCGCUUAUUGUGCUCAACCUAUCCAACAAUGAUUUCACUGGUCAAAUUCCAUCCUCUUGGGCUAAUCUCACAAGGCUCGAGUCACUGGACCUAUCUCGGAACCAACUUACUGGAAAAAUCCCUCAGGAGCUAGCAACUCUCUCGUUCUUGGAGUACAUCAACGUUUCACAUAACAAACUCACGGGACAGAUACCACAGGGCACACAGAUGGGAGGACAGCCUAAAUCAUCUUUUGAAGGGAAUCUCAAUCUUUGUGGUCCUCCUCUUGAGGAGAGUUGCUUCGGCGACAAGGCACCAUCAACACCAGAGGCACAAGAGCCAGAACCUCCAAAGAAAGAACAAGUGUUGAACUGGAAAGCAGCAGUAAUGGGAUAUGGCCCUGGAGUCUUGUUUGGACUCGCGAUUGGACAUUUCUUUUAUGCGUACAAACCGGUGUUGUUCUACAAGUUGUUUCGUCUCUGAAGUGAAGUUUAUGCCUUCGGUUUUAUUGAAAUAAGUUGUAAGGGUUUUUGUAACCGUUUCGACAUGGAUAUGUAUGUGUGUGUUCUAAAAAGAAAGAUAUGUAUGUGUGUGAGUGAGUGAUAUCAACAUAGAUAUGUAUGUGAUAUGUUUUAUAAUUUUUGUAAAUUUUGGUACGUAGGUUGCCCCUCCCCCAAGGAAUAAAAACACCAGUUGAAACA